UCCACUUCGGCUCCGGCUCAUCGUCCUUCCUUUUCCCGUCCACCUUAGUCUGCCUCUAUCUCCUAUAUCUCUGGGCCGUCGUCGAGUGGAGAGAUAGAGGACCAAAGGUGAAGGAUGACUACCCUCACAACAAAGGCACCUGUGCCGCCGUUGAGCACGAUCGAGAGCUUCAUGUGCGGUGGUCUGGCCGCGUGUUGUGCCGUAACAAUAUCCAAUCCACCCGAAGUCGCGAAAACCCGCCUUCAGUUAGAUGGCGAGCUCGCCAAGUCCGGCUCUCCACGCGUAUACCGCAACGUGCUCGACGUGUUCGCCAAGACGUGGAAGAAUGAGGGUAUUAGAGGGAUACAACGAGGGUUGGGACCAGCAUAUAUCUACCAGAUAUUGCUCAAUGGAUCACGAUUAGGCUUUUACGAACCUUUCCGGGUGACGUUCAACCGCAUGAUCGGACGACCGGACAAGACCGUCCUGGCAUCCACAUCCAUCUCGGCUGGCGUCGCUUCCGGUGCGGUAGGCGCCGCGUUAGGGAACCCGCUUUUCCUUAUCAAAGCGCGCAUGCAGGCGUACUCUCCGGCACUUCCUGUGGGAGCACAGAGACAUUAUAAGAGCUCUUGGGACGCACUGAGCACUAUUUUCCGGACGGAGGGGUUGAGGGGCUUACUGAGAGGUAUCGACGCGGCACUCUUGAGGACAUGCAUGGGAAGCUCGGUCCAACUGCCGAGCUACAAUCUUGUCAAGACGACGCUUGUGCAGAACGGUUGGCGCUCGGAUGGGUUCUGGACAUUCCUUGCUUCCUCCAGCGUGUCGGGAGCCACGGUGUGCAUAGUGAUGCAACCCGCCGACACAGCACUGACCCGGAUGUACAACCAACCCACGACACUUGAUCCCAAGACCGGAAAAUCAGUUGGGCUACUGUACAAGAACCCGAUUGACUGUCUGUGGAAGACGCUGAAGACUGAAGGUCCAUUUGGGUGGUACAAGGGCACCGUCGCGCAUUUCCUGCGCAUUGCACCACAUACGAUCGUCACUCUCACCGCGAACGAGCUUAUAAUGUCCCUCUACGUCCGGCUAAAGUUUGGAGCCAAGUCGGAGUACAGGGUAGUAUAGGGCAGUUGGGCGUUGCCUUUGGUCCUCGGGGUGGUGCGCCGAGCGAUGGUGAUCAGAGAGAUAUAGAGCUAAUGUAUUGGUAUUCC